AUGAAGUUUCUGCAACAAAAUUCCCUCACACAAACGUCAAUGUCUCAGCCAGACGAGGAUACCUCCCCGCCACUUCGUCACCCAUAUCUUUCUGGCAACUUUGCACCAAUCCAUCAAACAACAAAUCUCACUCCAUGCACAUAUAGUGGAUGCAUACCGCCAGAGCUGACUGGUGGUCAGUACGUUCGGAAUGGCGGCAAUCCCGUCAGCCACCAAGACCUUGGCAAAGAUGCCCACUGGUUUGACGGCGACGGUAUGCUCUCUGGCGUCUCGUUCAGAAAGACAUCCGCGGAUGGGAAGAUUGUACCAGAAUUUGUCAAUCAGUAUAUCUUGACGGAUUUGUACUUAUCGAGAAAGACGACGUCGGUUGUGUCGCCGAUAAUGCCAAGCAUCACGACCCUGGUAAACCCGCUAUCUACAGUGUUUCAGAUUAUGUUGGCGACCGUCAGGACGAUAUUUCUGGUCAUUCUCUCGAAUCUUCCUGGGUCUCAACAAGCCAUCAAGCGCAUCAGUGUUGCGAAUACUGCUGUCUUGUACCACGAUGGGAGGGCCUUGGCGACAUGCGAAAGUGGACCGCCCAUGAGGAUACAGCUUCCCUCGCUGGAUACUGUCGGCUGGUUCGACGGUGUCCAAGCUGAAGGAGAGCCAGAGAAAUCUCAAGCCAGCAGUGAUGACUCUCCGUUCGGCGGUAGCGGGCUCUUCAGCUUCAUGAAGGAAUGGACGACAGGGCAUCCCAAGGUCGACCCUGUCACUGGAGAGAUGCUUCUAUAUCACAACACUUUCAUGCCACCAUACGUGCACUACUCAGUACUUCCGAAAAGUAACGAAAAUGCGCCUGGGCACAGACUUGUCAGACUUGUCAAUCAGCCGGUUUUGGGAGUAUCUGGCGCUCGGAUGAUGCACGACUUUGGAGCAUCUCGAAGUCAUACUAUUAUCAUGGAUCUUCCUCUGAGCCUUGACCCUCUCAAUACAAUGAAAGGCAAAGAGGUUGUAGCAUACGAUCCGAAAAAACCUUCACGGUUUGGAGUGUUCCCGCGCAAUAAACCGUCCAGCGUGCGUUGGUUUCAUACAGCUCCAUGCUGUAUCUUUCAUACUGCGAAUACCUGGGAUUCUCAUUCCAGUGACGGUAGGAAGUCUGUUAACCUUCUUGCUUGUCGGAUGACUUCCUCUACGCUAGUAUACACAGCAGGAAAUAUUCGGCCUCCAGUAAGGCCUACGUCUACCCGAGCGCGGGACUGGUCAGUCGAGAAGAAGGAAACGGCCUGCAGAUACAAAGAAGCUCCUACACUUGAGUCGCCUGGGGAAGCAACUGGUCUGACCGAUUACUUCUCCACUACAGAGUCCGAUGACUACGACCAAUGCCGACUGUACUAUUACGAAUUUGACAUGGCGACCAAAUCUCAGAACAGUGUCAAGAGCCAGUGGGCUCUCUCUGCGAUACCUUUCGAGUUUCCUUCUGUAUGUCCAGACCGAGAAAUGCAAGAGGCUCGUUACAUCUACGGCUGCAGCACGUCAACUUCCUGCUUUGGUGUUGCUCUCGGACGAGCUGACAAGGUCGAUCUGCUUAUCAAGAUGGAUGCCAAGACCCUCAUUCAACGUGGAAAGAAGAUGGACACAACGCCUAUCACUGGGUGUGUCGAUAGACGGUCAGUUAGCGAGAUUCUUGAAGAGAAGAGGAAGGAUGAUCCUAUAAAGAUAUUUCGUCUUCCGCCGAACCACUACGCUCAAGAGCCGCGGUUUGUUCCUAGAGAUUCUUCAACUGCGGAGGACGAUGGAUAUCUGCUCUUUUAUGUCUUCGACGAGUCUCAACUCCUGCCUUCUGGGGAUUGUCCCAAAUCUGCGAGGUCUGAGUUGUGGAUUCUUGAUGCUCAGAACAUGCGUGAUGUUGUGGCCAAGGUUCAGCUUCCCCAACGAGUACCAUACGGUCUGCACGGAACUUGGUUCUCUAGUGAGGAUAUUGAAGGUCAACGGGUUGUGAAGUCUUUGAGAAGCUUGGAAGAGGUGCAAAGGAAGAAGGAUGGUUGGGUGAAUAAUGGAGGACAGAUAAGGAAGUCAUGGAUGGUGCUGCGGGAGAAGUUGGAGACAGCUGUCGGAUGA